AUGAACCAAGGCGGAGAAGCCGCACCAAAUAGGCAGCAGCAGCCGCCUGACCAAGAAGAGAGGGCUGAUAACCCUCCUAUACCACAAAAAGCUGGAGCCAAUCAGCCAGCACCAGCCGGAGCCGCACCUCAAUCCAAUCAGAACGCUCACGGUGCAGCCGAGCAACCGCAACCACCUCAUAAUCAACCACAACCGCCCCUGGUGUUCCAAAAUGAUGGACACCAUCAUCAUCACCAAGGUGACCAUCAAGGGAUGCCUCAAGCUCAGCCUCAAGUGCCUCUAAGGAGAGUACCAUUCGUGCAACAUCCAAGGCACCAAACUAUGGGAGACUUUGAUUCUUCCGAUGCUUUCUUUAUGGAUCAGAAUCCCAUCCGACCACCUCUACCUCCAAGGAACGACUUUGAGAUCAAGCCGCAGAUCACUGCCUUGGUGAAGCAAAACCAAUUCCAUGGUUUGCCCACUGAACAUCUACUUGAUCAUGCAGCACAACUCGCAUCAAUGGAGUGUCUCCGGAUUACUUCAAGUGCAAGUUGUUUACUUUUUCUCUAA